AGUGCGCGGUACAGACUGGACGCGGCGCCCGAGACCCGAGCCCACUACCGCAGCUCUGGGACAGCGUCUUCUGCGCUGGGGGUAUUCAGAAACACUGUGGCAGCAAGCAACUGAAGAGGAAAGGAACUUGCGGUCACCGGUCACUGAAAGAGGGACACAAGUCACGGGGUACUUGUGUGUGUCAGGGGGGUUGUUUACAAACAGAACGCACGGCACGUGGAGGAGUGACGUCAUUCCUCCCACCAUCCACUAAGAAAGACGGAAGACACGCGAGAAGAGUGGUCACAACAGAUUCACCACCAGCAGCAGUACGGGGGCCAAUACGCGUAUCACCACCACCUCCAACAUCACCAUCACCAUCGGGCGGAACACGCCUAUUGCAUCCACAUGCCGUCGCGCGAGCAGUAUAAGGUGACGGUCCACCCAGCGGUCAGCCCUAAUAACAAGACGCCACGAGCCUCCACAGUGCACAUAGCAACAUGGAAGCGGCCGCAACAUCUCUCGCAGAUCCUGGCGGCGCUCGCCGUGUCCCUGGGCCCCUUCGCGGCAGGACUCGGCAAGGGCUACAGCUCGCCAGCCGUGGACUCGCUGAAGGAACAGCAGCAGCGGUUCCCGGAAGCUGUGGCCAACGCGUCGAGCGGGAUCUUCACGGUCAGCGAGCAGCAAGCCUCUUGGGUUGCUAGCCUGUCCCUCCUCGGGGCCUUCUUCGGCGGGAUGCUGGGUGGACUCGCCAUGCGUUUCGGUCGCAAGAGGGUGCUGCUCGUAACAUCGCUUCCCUUCUCUGCCUCUUGGCUCUUGACGGUGUUCGCCAGCAGCGUCGAGAUGAUGUUCGCCACGGCCUUCGUGGGCGGAUUCUGCUGCGCCAUCGUACUUGUUGUCACGCAGGUGUACAUCAGCGAGAUCUCGGUGCCGGAUAUCCGUGGGUGCCUGAGCGCGGUGCUAAAGAUCGUGGGACACAUUGGCAUGCUCAUCAGCUUCGCCGUGGGAGCAUACCUCGACUGGCGCCAGCUGGCAAUGGUGGUGGCCAUAGCUCCCAUAAUGCUGUUCGCCACCGUGUUGUACAUCCCUGAGACACCGAGCUACCUGGUGCUCGUUGGUCGAGACGAGGAGGCAGCACGGUCUCUACAAUGGCUAAGAGGCCCUGAGAUCGACGUGGGGCACGAGAUCGCCACUAUCCGCACCAAUAUCAUCGCCAGCAGGCAGUACGACGACGGAUGCCGAAACACCUUCAGCACCAUUACGUCACGCGUCCUGAGGCCGGUGCUCACCACCUGCGGUCUAAUGUUCUUCCAGAGGUUCUCUGGGGCCACAGCCUUCAACUUUUACGCUGUGUCCAUCUUCCGCCAGACUGGUUGCAUGAAUCCGCACGGAGGAGCCGUGGCUGUUGGCUUCGUUCAACUGUUGGCCUCUUGCGUCUCCGGACUUCUGAUCGAUAUCGUCGGCCGCCUCCCGCUUUUAAUCGCGAGCAGUAUGUUCAUGUCUAUGGCUCUAGCCGGGUUCGGAUCUUUCGCGUAUUAUGAAGACGUACACAAGGAGCACCGUAACGGAUGCCUGACCGCGGCUCAGCACGACUGGAUCCCUCUACUGUGCGUUCUCAUUUUCACUGUGGCUUUCUCUCUAGGUAUCAGCCCCAUUUCGUGGUUGCUGAUUGGUGAACUGUUUCCGCUAGAAUACCGCGGCUUGGGCAGCGCCUUGGCUACCUCCUUCAGCUACGUGUGCGCUUUCGUUGGUGUCAAAACCUUCGUAGAUUUCCAGCAAGUUCUCGGACUGCACGGGGCGUACUGGUUGUACGCGGCCAUUUCAGUCGGAGGGCUCUGCUUUGUGGUAUGCUUCGUCCCUGAGACGAAGGGACGCGAUCUUGAUGAGAUGCAUCCCAAAUACACCCACACAUAAUGGUAAAGACGUUGAAAUGUAUAAGACGGACGGACUGCGUAUUAUUUCAUUGAAUCAAUCAACUCGGUGCCUUGGAUACAAAAUUGUGACAAUCCAAGUGAAAUAAGGAUUGCCAACAGUAAGGGUAUGUGUUCUAGGGUCACAACGAAACUUGUCAGAGCCUACUGUGAUGGUUUGGAGUAGGCCAAAGCCUGGUAUACAAUAGGCAGAUAACAGCGACACCCCAGCUCACCUUCCAUCUAUACUUUUCAUGAUUUCAGAACCCACUUUAAUGUGUUAAAAGUUUAUCUAAAAUUAUAAAAAGAGCAAAUUCUUAGAGAAGUUAUCCUAGAAUGUUUAAUAUUUUCACCUGAAACGACGUUUUACGCCUAUUUACGUUCGGUAUCAAGAAACUCCAACUAAGAAUAACUGCAUCUGUAUCUUUAGUAAUCUGUGGUUAUCAUUGGGUAAGAGCUGCAAGCAAAAAAAUCAUUAUUUGAUGCCACGAAUUCAAAUACCGGAAUAUUGUCUCGAAAUGAAUCAUCGUAAGGACUGGCAUAAUUAAUUAAACUAAGUCACUAUACCGAGUAACGGGCGUACCUGGGUUCAAUUCCAUGGGGGCGGGGGCAAAGCCAGCUCUCGGAUUCACCCAGCAACCUAUGCAAUGAAUGCCAGUGGGCUCUUUCCCAAGGGAGUAAAGCAGCCGGGACGUGUAGCUAGCUAUACAUCUACCCUAUCAAUUAUUAGUGAUAUCAUAAUUUAUAAAUGCAGUAUAGAUGGUACUCAUAACCGGUGCUCGGAAUAUCAUUUUGAAGAGAAGUGUAAAGAUAUCCGUACAAUUAGACUAUGAAC